AUGCAUUCCCUCCUAUUCAAAACCGCAUCAAUCCUCCUCUGUCUCGUCGCACAGACAUGGGCUGAAUCAUCCACCUCCUCCUCCCACCUCCUAUCCACCGAUAUCCUCUACUGGCCAGUAGCAGGCGUCUCCGAACCCUCGACCCUCGCGCGCAUCUCCUACGACUCGUCCUCGCUAAAAUCAGACCUCAUCUCCUACUCCCCGCCGCAGAAAAGUCUCAGCGCAGACUCCGACUCCGAAGAACUCGUUCGCGUGGGUUUGUACGCCUCCACGCCCGCGAACGGGAAACAAUGGGUCGGCACCAUCACGUCAUUGUCGUCUCUGGCUCCUAAGCAGGAACAGGGACAGGGACAGGGACAGCUCGCGCUUCGUCUCUACGUGAGCCCCUCGAAUGAAAUAUACCAUGUCUCGUUGGCGCCGGCGUCGGGACCUGCCGCUGCCUCGACAACCGCGGACGGUCCUACGAUCGAAGUGGUCCCUGCUGAGACGGGUCCGCAACCUCAUCUGAACCGCCCGGUCGUGCUUAGUGAGGACGGCCAGAAUCCCGAAGAAGUGGUUGAGAAGACGAUGUUCCAGAAGUAUUGGUGGGUGAUCCUCAUCAUCACGUUUAUCGCUAUGUCUGGGGGCGGUGAAGGGCAAUGA